AUGAAAUAUUUCUACAUCUUGCCUCUAUUCACAGUGCUUUUCAUUGAAGUUGAGCCAAGAAAUCGAAGAGUUUGGUUUUCACAAGGGAAUAAUUUUCGAAAAUGCGAGGAACCCUACGAGGAACGGCUGUGGUGUGCACCGAUGAGAAAAUGUCGUGCGUGUGGAUUUAAAUCAGGCGGAGUCGCUACAACAAAAAUGCAAGUGCCCGGCUCGAUCCCGAUGCAGGGCGCCCCAAUGAUGGCCCCAAUGAACACAAUGCCGAUGAUCGAUCAACCGAUGCCAAUGGGAGGAAUGGGAUAUCCGGCUGCCGGAUCGUUUCAGACGAGCGCAUUUGUCUCCGGCGCUCCAGUGAUCACCUCUCAACCGAUGGGCCCCGGCGCUCCUCCGCCACCACCGGGCGCUGCCGUUCAAUGGAUGGAGCCACCACCGCAAAUGCCCGGUGUCCCACCAGGGUUGGAGUAUUUGACUCAAAUCGAUAAACUUGUUAUCAAUCAGCAUAUGUCUUUACUUGAAAUCAUGGUGAGUUGGGAAGUGAAAAACAAGUACUCUGUUUUCAACUCAGCUGGGCAACAGGUAUUCUUUGCUUUUGAAGAGUCGGAUGUUUGCGAGCGACAAUGCUGUGGCCCACUUCGAGGCUACACAAUGCACGUUGUCGAUAAUUUCAAUCGGGAAGUGAUGCGUUUCACACGUCCCUUCAAAUGUCUCUGUGAUUGUGGCUGUUGUGCGGGAGCGGAGAGCUGUGCCACCGAGACAACCAUUGAGGCGCCACCCGGGAAUGUGGUGAGCGUCGUCCGACAAACGUUCGGCUGUUGUUGCCAUAAUUUCGUCGUUAACAACGCUGAUGAGUCGAAAGAAGUUUUCAAAAUCGAAGGUCCUGGGAUGUGCGGAUGGACGUACAAUUGUAAUUGUUGCGCGGAUAAGGUUUAUGAGAUUCUUUUGCCCGAUGAUAGCCGUCAAGUGAUCGGAUCGAUACGGAAAAAAUGGCGUGGUUUCAUCGCCGAAUCCUACACAAAUGCUGAUGUUUUCACGUGUGAAUUCCCAAUCGAUCUUGAGGUGACACUAAAAGCAGCGCUUUUUGGAGCAACAUUCUUAAUCGAUUUUCUUGCCUUUGAACAGCAAAAGAAUCAAAAUCAUCCGCAU